AUGCCUCCCAAGAAAACUCUCGAUCAGAAGAAGAAGGAUUGGUCAGCGAUAUUCACUUGGGUCGAGUGGGCAGUCGACGACGAUGGGGAGGAUCUCUUCAAAUGCUCUGUGUGCACAAAGGGUGUUUGGAGUGACUAUAGAAGAUUCUCUGGGAACAUGCAGAAGUCUCUGUUCGACCAGCACGCGGACGACAAACACCAUCGCGAGAGCCUCCUACAAGCUGAGGGUAAGGCCCACAUGAAGGCCUACUGGGGUGGCAUCAUCGCAAGCGCACAGGCUAAGAAGCAGGAGGAAGAGGAGAAGAUGGUAGCAGAGAAGAGCCAGCAGUUCAAGGCUCUCCUGUGGCUUGUGCAGAAUGAGGUUGCUAUGGCGAAAUACCCCAGCUUCAUCGAGCUCAUUGACGAGCUCGUCAGCCGCGAGCAUAGUCAUACCUCGACUAAGUCUGGCUGGGAGAUGGCUCGCUCGUGUUCCGCUGUCUGCAGGAAGCGUUGGACCGACAGGAUUAGGGAGGCACCCAUGCACUGCCUUAUACUGGAUAGCACAAAUGAUGGGGACAAUUGGGUUGCUAUCCUUUGCCGUUUCGUUGACUCGAGUGGGAGAACUGUGACCGCCUUUUGGGAUAUUAUUCCUAUGAUCGACCAAAAAGCCGAUACCUUCGUUGGCAUCGUGACCGAACUCUAUAGAUUGGACCAAAUCGACGAAAAGCGAUGUGUGGCCAUAGCGAGCGACGGCUGCACUACGAUGAAGAGGUUCGCUGAGGAUCUCAGUGCAUUGUUCGGUGGGGGCACCUUCUGGUGCCACUGUUUAAGCCAUAGGCUCGACUUAGCCCUGAGUAGGGAUGCGUGGACUAAAAGCACCUUCUGUAGGAUGAUUGAGGCAGGGCUCAGAUCGGCAUACCUUCUCUUCAACAGGAGUACAACCAGAAAAAAAGAAUUGAAGAAAUUGCAGGAUAUCUACGGUAAGAUUCAGUUACCAACAAGUAUAAUCGAGAUAAGGUGGAUCUCGAAAUUCCAGGCUGUCGAGGCCCUGACGAAUCCUAGCACUAUGGAUGCUAUAACACACAUGCUCAGGGAUAAGGACCCUGAUGCUCUGACGGCAGACGAAUUCAAUGUGCUCGACCUUCUGGAGGAUCAUCGGGAAGGCCUCCUUGGGCUCAAGAGGUUCCUUAUGCCCUUGAGGAAGCUCACCAAAUCGUUUCAGGCUAAAAAUCUCAAUCUCCAUGACGCGAUAAAGCUGCUGAACGCGACUCAGCGGGAGGUCUCUCUUAUGCAAGGAUUACCGGCUGAAGUCGAAAUCCUACGGCACGACUUCAUCCAGUAUUUGGGAAGUCGCUUCAAGGCAGAUGAGGUGAGCUGGUUGGCCUUCAAUAACGUCUCACAGAAAUAUCCCGAUGACUUGGUGCGUAUACGAUUCAAACUCCUCAAGGAUAAGUUCCAUCAAUUGGGCUGGGAUGAUGAUGACGAAAGCUUCGUGGUAGACUACAAUCGCGUCAUGGGGGCUGCGAAAGAUGAGAUCGACGGUGGACUUGUUCCCGACGACAUCGAGCUGGAUAGCCUUGGAGACUCGUUGGGGGUUGGAAAGAACUGGAAAUUAUACCGUAUGCUAGGGAAGACGGUUUCCCCUACAUCAGUAGAUGCGGAGCGCGCAUUUUCGUGCCUGACACGGCUGAGAAGCGACUAUCGAAGAGCCCUUCACGUCAACCUCCCACAUGCCCUCCGCCUUGCGAUGGUGCGAGGCUCCACCGACGUCAAGGACAACGAGCUCGUCGCCGAGAUUGUAAAGCAUUGGAUGAAUACGCGGGCCAGGAGGAAUCGGCCUAAGGGGAUCAAGAGGUCCGCUGCUGGCUCAAUUAAGAAGGAUGAGCCGCUCGGAGGAGAGGCUUCUUCCGAUAUUUCCGCUGAUGAAGGCACAAGUGCGCAGGAUAUCGCCGAAGAGGCCGGCAGGGACAACCCUCGACCGAGGAGGUCAGCCUACAUCCAGGCAAUGGCCCGGUUCAAGGAGAUGGUCGGAGAUGAGGAUGAGCCUGAUAGUUGA